UGCCCUCCAUGUUUAGGGGAAGUUGAGUUCCACUGACAACAGCAACAUGUGACGUGCCGAAGACAUGUAGAUGAUCAAUGGAAAGUGUGCGCAAUUGACGCCAGCGCUUGGGAAGCGACGGCACGCUUAAACAGAGUUGGAGCCGACAAGCUUUUUUUUAGGCGAAUGGUUCGUUUAACACCCAACAGAAGCGGUUUGUUCUCCGGCGUCAAGCGAGGUGCUUCGGGUGAAGCGUGUGUCGGAAUUAGUUUUCACAAAGUUCGUUUUGGACUCGCGGUAUUUUGUUUUUCUUUCUGAAAUGAGAUGAACAGACGAUUUUAGGAGUGUUCGUCGGCGACAACAGCCCUUCUCGGACCUCUGUCGCCGGGCGAGAGUCGGACAUCGACCGUCCACGGGGGGCUAUCAGAAUGAUAAAGCCCAAAGUGGGUCGGAUGUUUCUGGCGACAUGCAUCGGGUCAUUUUUCAUUCUCAUACUGUACUUCCAGAACAUCUCAAAAUCAGCUUCUGAACAGAUUUCGGGUCGGGACAGUUUCCCAGUUAAAUCAGGAAGAAGUCCUUUACAGACACUACAGGAAAAUGACCAGCUGGAGCAGUCUGCAGUGCAGGCCACUAUGCAGGGUCGAAGGGAACUCCUGGAGGAAACCUGUCACACACAUACACGCAAAAGACGCGUACUCGGUCCCGAGGAUCUUCGUCACCUCAUAGUGGACGAUAAGCACAAGUUACUGUACUGCUAUGUUCCCAAAGUGGCGUGCACCAAUUGGAAGCGUGUGAUGAUGGUGCUAACAGGAGACGGGCGCUAUCGUGAACCUCUGGCUAUUCCCGCCAAUGAGGCUCACAUAGCAGGCAAUCUGCGCUCGCUCUCGGAGUACUCAACAGCCGAGAUCAACAAGCGCCUACGCACCUAUCUGAAGUUCGUUUUCGUGCGUGAACCCUUCGAGAGAUUAGUCUCAGCCUAUCGCAAUAAGUUCACCCGUAGCUACAACACGGCUUUCCAUAAACGCUACGGGACCAAAAUCAUCCAGAGGCAUCGUGCAGACCCCCAGGAUGAAGCCCUGGAAAAAGGCAACGACGUCUCCUUUGAGGAGUUUGUGUAUUAUCUAGUAGACCCUCAGACUCAGAGGGAGGAACCGUUUAAUGAGCACUGGGAAAGAGUUCACUCACUUUGCCACCCUUGCCUGAUCCAUUAUGACGUGGUGGGCAAAUACGAGACUCUUGCGCAAGACUCGCGCUACAUCCUGAAGCUAGCAGGUGCAGAGGGAGAGGUCAAAUUCCCAGCCACCUCGAAAAGCACCAGGACCACGGGCGACAUGGCUGCCAAGUUCUUUGACAACAUCAGUCCGUUUUAUCAGAAGAAACUUUACAACCUUUACCGAAUGGAUUUCUUGCUUUUUAACUAUUCUAUGCCGGCAUACUUGAAGUUAAGAUGAAGCCUGAGCGCGUUUCAACUGAUCCCAAGAUUCACUGAAAACUCAAAUCAUGAGGCACAGUGAUGAAUUUCACUCUUGCGCCUGGAUUGGAGUGAUCUGCCUAAGGGAGCCUGUAGAGGAAGCACCUUGAUUAUGGUGUGGCUCUCGCUCCCUUGAGGCGAAAUUCAGCACUGUGAACAGAUGACUGCUGGCAGGGGUGUUGUUGCAACCCAUCCCAGAAGUUCAUGAAAUACUGUCUGCAAUUCCUUUGGCUUUGGUAACUUUCGACCGAGCUCCAAAUAUGUGCCUUUGUCCUUCCAAGUGUUGAUAAGUGAAGCAGGAUUCUUCAUCAACGGACAAAAUGCUAUGAAUGUUUCAUCUCCUGUACUCUUCACCACCCAAAAUUAUAUUUAUGGUAUUGUUUACAUGGCAUAUUUAUUGCAGAGUUUGCUCUUGAACUGGAACCAGCGGAGCCUUGACGUUAAUCUCCAAGAGAUUCCUUGCAUUUGAUCUCAAAAAACUCCUUUCAAACAUUCCCCAGAUAUGAUUCAGACCUUAAGGCCCAAUCACAAAGGGAGUUUCCAAGUCUAAAGGUAACAAACCGUCUCAAUCAGAUAUCUUGUAAUGUGUUGAAGUCGAGGGUAAGGGAUGAAUUUAGACUCCUCUUGCAGUGCCAACGGUUGUAAGGCUGUCUAUAUUGGCUGGUUUACCUACUAUGAACUGAAACGAUUUUUCUCACUGAGUCCCCCCUUUAGCAUGCAGCAGGCUAGGUAAACAGUGCAUAGCUGUGGUUGGAGAAAGGUAGACCCUCAUCACUGCACCUCUUGUUGAGCUAUGGAUGCAGGUGGAGGCACAAACUAUCCACUUGGCAUUACAGGUCAAACAUCAGCAUGAUCCUGCGAGGAUACACUCGUCUUGUGAAUUUGUAAUAAGGGUUGAAGGUUUAAAGUGAAAUAUCGGUGUUUAAGUCAAGAGUAUGCAAGAGGAUCUAGUCCAACAAACUAGUGCAGUAAAGAUUGAAUAAAUUACAGUACAGUUUAAACUAGCCUUGCUCAGUUUCAUAGCUUUGAGGUGUUCUUGUGGCUCAUUAGCACUUAGUCAAAAUGACACCUAAUAAUGUGGCUUUUUUUGGGGGGGGGGGGGAUGAUGGUUGAAAUCUUGCCAAUGUGAACGGGUAAGAAUACAAAGCCGCUGACAGGCAGACAUGUACUGCAGCACAGUGGGCACCUUGUGUGCCACAUUGCACAACAAGCCUUCCAAAAUUGCUGUUGGAAAAUAGUUUCAAUCUAGUUAGUUAUUCCAUAUUUGAAUGCUGAGCUGGAAACUUCCAGAACUUCAGAACCACAAAAAGAGUUAAAAACACUUCGACAGGCAACAUAAUAUAAUAGGGGGAACAUUGUAUCUUGAUUUGAACAUUUGAGACGUCCCAAUGCUUUUGUACUGUCAAAUGUACAUUGUUUCAAUGGUAUGUAAUAUGAAUGUCUUGCAAGAGGUUUAUUGGUGUGAGAGUGGGGAAAGCACUCUGAGCUGUUGAGUGUGUGGCAACAGUAUGUGCCAUUUGUGAUGUAACUAACAGUUUUUGAAAGCUUGUGGUGCAUAACUGUGAAUGCCUAUGUGCACUAGCCUGUAUGGAGGAGUCUUUGAAGGGUCAAACUUUAUCAGAAUUAUUUCAAGGUUUUCUUUUUCUUUAGUAGGGAACAGUGUGAGUUUGUGAUCUCAUAUCUGGUUUCAGUCAAUUUUAAAGCACAAAAGCAAGACUUGUUUUCUUGACAUACUUUUUACACCAUUUCCUAUUUAAAACACCACAACACAAACUGUAGAAACCAUGUGAUUAGAGUAAAUUAUAAUUCACAGUGAAGAAUAAAUAAAUUAUCACGUCAAUGAA